UUGGACAAUAAAAGCGUAAAAGAAACAUCACCACCUGCAGCAUCCUCAUCUUCAGCACCACCUGCAGCAUCCUCAUCUUCAGCACCACCUGCAGCAUCCUCAUCUUCAGCACCACCUGCAGCAUCCUCAUCUUUAGCACCACCUGCAGCAUCACCUGCAGCAUCCUCGUCUUCAGCACCACCUGCAGCAUCCUCAUCUUCAGCACCACCUCCAGCAUCCUCAUCUUCAGCACCAUCUCCAGACUCCUCAUCUUCAGCACCACCUCCAGCAUCCUCAUCUUCAGCACCACCUGGAGCAUCCUCAUCUUCAGCACCACCUCCAGCAUCCUCAUCUUCAGCACCACCUCCAGCAUCCUCAUCUUCAGCACCACCUGGAGUAUUAAGAUUUUUCUUUCGUUUAUUCUGAUGAUUAAUAAUCAGAUAAAAACAAUUCGGCAGAUUUUUAAUUCCACCACUUCAGCCGUUGUGAUUCAACAUUAGAAAUACGUUGAGAUGCAAAUAAAGACUAAAUUCAGCUCCAUUUUGAAUAAAAAAAUAAACAUUGCUUAAACAUA